AUGGCCUUUACAAACCCCAUAAUCACAGGCUUCUACCCAGACCCCUCCUGCAUCCGCGUCGGCGACACCUUCUACCUCGCCAACUCCAGCUUCCAGUUCUUCCCCGGCAUCCCAAUCCACAAGUCAAAAGACCUUGUAAACUGGGAGCACAUCGGUACAUUUUCCCUUGUCACGUCCAGCUCUCCACUAAUUGAGGAAACAGGAAACGCGUUCUCCCGCCCCUCGCAACUCCCCCUCGACCAAGCAACAACAAAAAUCAACAAUGCAGCCAAGAGCGAGAUCUUCACGGGUGGAAUCUACGCCCCGACGCUGCGCUAUCACGAGAGAGCAAAAACAUUCUAUAUCGUGUGUACAAUGCUGACGGGGUCAACGACCAUGGCGCCCAGCGAUGACUUCCAGCCGCGGAAUUUCAUCCUCGCCACGACUGAUAUUGCGAAUGACAAAUCUUGGAGCAAGCCCGUGUACUUUGACUUCCACGGAAUUGAUCCGAGUCUCUUCUUCAUGGAUCUGGAGGACGGGAGUACCAGGGUGUAUGUCCAGGGGAGCUGGAUGCACGGGUACAACAAGACGCCUGCAACAGUCAUUCGACAGGCUGAGAUCGAUGUUUCGACUGGGGCGCUUCUCUCGCCCUGGAGGGAUAUCUGGGCCGGUGCUACAGAAAAGGUCCCGGAGGGUCCUCACAUCUAUCACCGCGAAGACGGGUGGUUCUAUCUCCUGAUUGCUGAAGGAGGCACGCACGGCCGGCACAAGAUCACGAUGGCGCGGGCCCGGGACAUAUGGGGGCCUUAUGAGGGGUGUGAGCGGAAUCCUAUGCUAACGGCGGAGGGGAGUGACGCGGUGGUCCAGUGUGUUGGGCAUGGGGAUCUCUUCCAAGACGCACAAGGGAAGUGGUGGUGUGUGAUGCUUGGAAGACGGCAGUUUAAGGAACACCCGGGGUGCUGGCCGUUGGGGAGGGAGACGUUCAUGGUUCCGGUUGAGUGGGAGGAGGGCGAGUUCCCUGUUUUUGGGAGAGUGGAAGUUGAACAGCGUGUUUCAAGGGGACGGCAGGUUGGUCGGAUUAAGGUAAAGGAAAGGCAGUGGAGGGGGGUAGAGCUCGCGUCGCCGUUGACUGUCUAUCUGAGGACGCCAGAUUUGAGACAUUACGAACAGCAAGCAGACGAGAUAUUGCUGUUCCCUACGGAGAUGAAUCUCGGCGUGGAAAAAGGCACAGUGAGCUUUGUCGGACAGAGGCAGACCUCGCUUGACUCCAUUGCCAGGGUCAGCCUCCCCCUGGACAGCGCCGACACUACCGGGCCCUUCUGCGGGUUGACGGUGUACAAAGACACAUUCCGAUUUGUGGCUCUCGAGUACAGCGCAUCGGAUUCAAGUCUGAGUCUACAAAUCCAACAGGCCGAGAAGCCGCUGACGACUCUGAGCUCCGUCUCCGUCGAGGGCGACAUGGCCCUGCAACUGACCAUCACUUCAAGGCUGGCUAAAUAUACGUUUGAGUGCGUUAAGACAGCCUCCAAUGGGCAGACAGAGAGCGUUCAACUUGGCGAGGUUCCGUGUUCUGCUCUGAGCGGCGAUGAUUUCACAGGGACGGUAUACGCUAUAUACGCUCAUGGAGAUGGAGGUCCGGCUAGAUUUAAGGGAUUUGAGAUUUUGGAUUAG